AUGAUUAGUAAAAGAUGGUUACAAACUUCAUCAAAGAGAUGUUUACCAAGAUUUACAAUGAAUAGUGGAUCUCCAAGAACUAGAAUUACUAAAGAAAUAUCUCCAGAAGAAGUAAAACAAUUUCAAGAAGCUCAAUCAAAAGCAAAAGAACAAGCAAGACAAACGUAUAGUUUUAAUAAUGAUUCCUCAGGAUAUCAAUUUCAUUUGCCAAAGAAUACAAAUGGUAUAAUAACACCACAAGAUCCUAUCUAUGAUAUUUUAAAAGAACCAACUUUGGUAAUUGAAAGAAAAAUUGAAUUUAUGAAUUUAUUUUUAGGAUUUGAACAAGCAAAUAGAUAUAUUAUAAUGAAUUCUGUAGGUGAUACUAUUGGAUUUAUGGAAGAAAAAGAUGUUGGAAUUGGUAAAAUGUUGGGUAGACAAUUUUUUAGAUUACAUAGACCAUUUGAUAUUGAUGUUUUUAAUUUAAAAGGUGAAUUAGCAUUAAGUAUAAAAAGACCAUUUUCAUUUAUAAAUUCUCAUAUAAAAGCAUUAUUACCAGGUUAUGAUUUGAACAAUGAAUUAAUGUAUGAAAUAGUUGGAGAAUCAGUACAAAGUUGGCAUUUAUGGAGAAGAAGAUAUAAUUUAUUUAAAUUAGAAGAUGAAAAAACUGAUGAUUAUAAUCAAUUCGGAGAAAUAGAUGCUCCAUUUUUAUCAUUUGAUUUUCCAAUAAAAGAUGAUAAAGGUAAAAUAUUGGCAAGUAUAGAUAGAAAUUGGGUUGGAUUAGGUAGAGAAAUGUUUACAGAUACAGGUGUUUAUAUAUUAAGAUUUGAUCCAAUGUCAUUCCAAGGAUUGGAACAAUAUUAUGGAAAUAAUAUAUCAACAAAGGGAGUAACAUUAGAUCAAAGAGCUAUAAUGUUAUCAUGUUUUACAAGUAUUGAUUUUGAUUAUUUUUCAAGGCAUUCCGGUGGCCAUGGAUUAUUUGGAUUUGGUAGCAGUUACGACGAAGUUUAA